AUGAUGGAAUUCAGUCGUCAGUCACUCUCCACUGGUUGGAGUUUCCGCGAUCGCGAUGCCGACGAGUGGAUGCCCGUGGCUUCGGUGCCUUCCGUGGUCCAGCAAGAUCUCAUUGCCAACAACAAGUUGGAGGAUCCGUUCAUUGGAUUCAAUGAGCUGAAGGCUCGCUGGGUCAAUGAGAAGUCUUGGGUAUACCGCAAUACUUUCCAACGACCGCAUGUGCCCGAGGGUGCCGCAGUGGAUUUGGUCUUCGAUGGUCUGGAUACCUUUGCCACUGUCAAGCUUGAUGGGGAAGUCAUUCUACAGAGUGAUAACAUGUUCUUGGGUCACCGCGUCAACGUGACCAAGGCAUUGGAGGCAGAAGGUGAUCACACGCUGGAGAUCGAAUUCGACUGUGCGAUGCUCAAGGCCCGCGAGCUGCGCGCCCAGGAUCCCAACCACAAAUGGGUUGGAUUUAAUGGUGACCAGGCACGUCUGGCUGUACGCAAGGCACAGUACCACUGGGGUUGGGAUUGGGGUCCCGUGUUGAUGACUGCGGGUAUCUGGCGUCCAGUGACAUUGGAAGUGUAUACUGCUCAGGUAGUCGACCUUUGGCCUCAAACGCAGCUGGCUGCAGACCAUCAGUCGGCCGAGGUGACUGCCACCGCCAAGUUUGAGACGGUUUCUGGUGGUGAUUACACAGCUCACUUCAGUCUGAGCCUGGGCGGAAAUGAGAUUGCUACCCAGGAUAUUCCCGUGUCCGCCGAGAACCAGGCCGAGGUGACAUUCCGCGUUAACCGUCCAGAGCUUUGGUGGCCUCAUGGAUAUGGAAAACAGACAUUAUACGACGUCUCGGUGUCACUGCACCGCGGCGACGCCCCCGUCGUUCAGAAAUCCAAAAAGUUCGGCAUCAGGACGGCCGAAAUUAUUCAACAGCCGGACAAGCACGGGAAAUCGUUCUACUUCCGAGUCAAUGGAAUGGAUGUCUUCUGCGGUGGCUCGUGCUGGAUUCCCGCAGACAGCCUCUUGACCAACGUCACAGCCGAGCGAUACCGUAAAUGGAUUGAGCUUAUGGUUGAAGGUCGGCAGAUCAUGAUUCGGGUUUGGGGUGGCGGCAUCUACGAGGACAAUGCAUUCUACGAGGCGUGCGACGAGCUGGGUGUGCUAGUCUGGCAGGACUUCAUGUUCGGUUGUGGCAACUAUCCCACAUCGCCUUCGAUACUCGAGUCAAUUCGCCAAGAGACAGUUUACAACGUUCAACGUUUGCGACACCAUCCAUCAAUCGUCAUCUGGGUUGGAAACAAUGAGGACUACCAGGUACAAGAGUCGGAGGGCUUGACCUAUAACUACGAGGACAAGGAUCCGGAGAGCUGGCUCAAAACAGAUUUCCCUGCUCGGUAUAUCUACGAGAAGUUGCUUCCAGAGGUUGUUGCUGAGCAUUCGCCGAGUACCUUCUACCACCCCGGUAGCCCAUGGGGUGAUGGCAAGAAAUCGUCUGAUCCUACAGUUGGUGAUAUGCACCAGUGGAAUGUGUGGCAUGGUACUCAGGAGAAGUACCAGAUCUUCGACACUCUGGGUGGUCGAUUCAACAGCGAGUUUGGCAUGGAAGCUUUCCCCCACCUGUCGACUAUUGAACACUUCGUCGAAGAUCCCAAGGAUCUCUUCCCCCAGUCUCAUGUCAUUGACUUCCACAACAAGGCCGACGGACACGAGAGGCGGAUUGCUACUUACCUGGUGGAGAACCUGCGGACAGCCACUGACCUGGAGACCUACAUCUACUUGACUCAAGUAGUCCAAGCCGAGACCAUGAUGUUCGGCUACAGAGGCUGGCGCCGCCAGUGGGGUGAUGAGAGACACUGCGGCGGAGCCCUUCUGUGGCAACUGAACGACUGCUGGCCCACCAUCUCCUGGGCCAUUGUCGAUUACUUCCUGAACCCGAAGCCCGCCUACUACGCCGUCAAGCGAGUCCUCAAUCCCAUCGCCGUGGGAGUGCGCCGAGAACACCACGACUGGAGCGUCGCCCACGCACAGCCCCCUCGCACAAGCAAGUACGAGCUGUGGAUCUCCAGCAACAACCCAGAGACUAUCCGCGGCAGUGUCGAACUGCGAUUCCUUUCCGUCAACACAGGCCGCGAUAUCCGGACGCCGAUCGUGCGUGAGGAUAUCGCCAUCACCGCUAACGGUACCACCAAUAUCAUCACAGACGGCCUGAUCGACCACAUCGCCGAGCCAGAGCCACAUGUCCUCGCUGCCCGCCUGUGGGUUGACCACAAGGUCGUGGCAAGAGACGUCGACUGGCCCCAACCAUUCAAGUACCUCGAUCUAUCCGACCGCGGUCUCGACGUACAAUUGAAGCGUGGAUCUUCCAGCCAAGCCACGCUCGUCCUUAACACCCGCAAGCCGGUCAAGUGCCUCGUCAUCGAAGAGCAAGAGGGUGUCCGACUUAGCGACAACGCUAUCGACCUUGUACCGGGUGAUGAACAGACUGUGGAUGUCACUGGAUUGGGUGACCGGCCACUGAAGUACCGCUUCCUGGGACAGGAAUCGGUCGCUUUGCUUCAGUGA